CAGCACAGGACAGUCAAGCCGCGUGCGACUACUACCUUGACUUUGAGUCAUCAUACCUAUAUAUCGUCUUGAUCAUCGUACCUAGAGUGCCUAACCAUUAUCCUACACUUUCUCAGAAUACCAUCGCCAUCUUCCAUAUCAACAUCCACAUCGAACAUCAAUCUCCUAGACCAACUUCUCAAGCGUACCCCACAUCCUCAUACACAACAAUGCACACUCUUCCACCCCUCCAUCUCAUCAUCCUCUUCCUCUACCUCACCCAAAAAACCCUCUCAAAAGUCCCAACCGGCGGUGCAUGGGGGGAGCUUCCCCGAAUCACCAACCUCACCGAGCAAGACACCCGCUACGGCUACACCGUCAUGAGCGCCGCCCACAACAACACGGGGAACAACACCAGCACCGCCAACCUCUCUUCUGAUGUCCGCAUCAGCGCCUACACAGUCCACGACAACAACACCGCCUUCUCCCCCCUCAAUUUCACAGCAAACUGCGGCGAAUCAUCCACCAUCGACCCCGUGCCCAAGGAAAAUGCGCCGCACAAGUGGAAGAACGGGAGACUGUUUGGAUAUAAUACCUGUGUCGGGGGCGGUGUGUAUUAUCAUUGGUAUGUGAAUGUGUAUCCGGGGUGUGUAUGCAGUUUCUAUUCGAAUAGCAAGUGCGAUGAGCAAACUGAUAAUGGCACGAAUACUGUUAUAUCGAGCGUCGUGGCGGCGCCUGAGGCAGGCGUGAGCAGCAGGAAGUGGUUUGAUGAGAAAUCGAGAUUAGGAUGGUAUCAAUGCGUGCGGUUUGGAAAUUGGGAUAUCUGGAGUUAG